AUGAAGGCUCUUCGACGAUCCAUCAAAGGCGACAAGGACAAGUCCCAGACUGCCCCUGUCACGCCAAAGUCGGCUGUCGCAAUUGUCCCUCCGAAAAAGGUCAUCCGAGCGCUUUACGACUACACUGCCCGCACCUCGCAGGAGCUGAGCUUCUCCCGAGGCGACUUCUUCCACGUUAUCGGCCGCGAAGAAGACCCCGACUGGUACGAAGCAUGCAACCCGGCUCUGCCAGAUGCGCGUGGCCUGGUGCCUGUCGCCUUCUUCCAGGCUCUUGGCCGAACCGAGCGAGACAGCGCGCAAUCCGAAGGCACCGGCAUUCGCCCACCUACAGCCAACAAGACCCCUGAUCACGACUCUGGAUACAGCGACGCCUCCCCGACUUCUAGCGCCAUCCCUAGCCAACGCCUCUCCAAAUCUGGCGGCAAGGGCGGCGCCAUGGUCUACGGCAUUGUCAUGUACGACUUUGUGGCCGAGCGAGCAGACGAACUGAACGCCAAGGCUGGCGAGGCCAUCAUCGUAAUCGCACAGUCUAACCCGGAGUGGUUCGUUGCCAAGCCCAUCGGCAGACUAGGCGGCCCCGGUCUCAUUCCCGUCUCGUUUAUCGAAAUUAGAGACAUGGCCACCGACAGAGCCAUUGCCAACCCUGGCGACGCCAUCAAGCAGGCCGGCGUGCCUCGGGUCGAGGAAUGGAAGAAGAUGGCCGCUGAGUACAAGAAUAGCAGCAUCACCCUCGGGAAAUUCGAGGCUGGCCAGCAGCAGAUGGAACAAGGUAUGGAGCGCCUCAGUCUGCAGCAGCAGGCCGAGAGCCAAGCCGGUGGACAUUCUCGGGCCCAGUCAACCCAACAGGCCGCUCGCCAUGUCAGCAACUCGACAUCCGAUCUCUACGCCCCGAUCCAGGCUCGAAUCCCCCGUUACUGCUUUGCCGAGGACAAGUACUGGUUUGUUAUCGAAGCCAUGCUGGAGGACGGCCGACACUGGGAGCUUUCACGAUACUACGAAGACUUUUACGACUUUCAGAUUGCACUGCUUACGGAAUUUCCCACGGAAGCUGGCAACACAGGAUCGCAAAAACGAUCACUGCCGUACAUGCCCGGACCUGUCAGCUAUGUCACCGAUGCCAUCACGGAAGGUCGCCUGCACAACCUAGACGCAUACGUAAAGAACUUGCUGGGCCAGCCCGCCUAUAUUUCGCGCUGCACCCUAGUCAAGCAAUUCUUUGCCCCUCGAGAGGGUGACUAUGAGAUGGACGGCAACACCAACGGCCAGGAAUAUAGGGAUUCGCAAGAGUCGCACCAGUCAGGAUCACCUACAAAUGGCGACUCGAGAAACGGGUCCAGAAGCAAUCUGAACGGUGGUGGCUAUGGUGGACUGCCUUCUGGCCCACGCCAAGCCAGUGGAUCAGGACCAGCUGGUCAACAGCAGCAACUGAUCAAGGUCAAGAUGUACCACGGCGACGAUCUCAUUGCCCUGCGCGUGCCUCGUGUCGAUACUCGCUCGGACAAGGAUGCCCAGUUCAAGAAGCUUCAAGGCGUUAUUGCGACCCGUCUGGACGUGUCCGACCGAGACGAGUUGCAAUUGUUUUCUCUUAACGAGCAGACGAAACAGCCCAGCAACUUGAUCAGCGCUUACGACCUCGACUCAGUUCUGGGUAAGUCGGACAAGCUGCUUCUACGCGCCGAGGUAAUGCGCAACUAG